AUGGCUGUGAAAUUAAAUGAACUCGGUCAGGACGACUAUGUAAUCUUGGAAAGGCGGUCCCAUCUCGGUGGUACAUGGUACGAUAAUCGAUAUCCAGGUUGUGCAUGUGACAUUCCAUCAACAUUGUAUUCAUUUUCGUUUGAACCCAAUCCAAACUGGUCCCAUUUCUUCGCUCGUCAAGCAGAGAUUGAAGCAUACCUAGAAUAUUGUGCAGAUAAAUAUCAUGUUCGUCAGCAUAUUCAAUUCGAGACCACUGUUAUUGAUUGUAAGUGGCUGGAUGAUCGACAACUUUGGCAAGUAACCGUACAGUCGAACGAUCAAGAGAAACAUUUCUUCGGUCGAACUCUGGUAUCGGGUUGUGGCGGUCUGUCAAAUGCGUCAUUUCCUACCAAUAUUCCUGGUAUUGAUUCUUUUGAAGGAAAAAUGUGUCAUUCAGCUCAAUGGGACACGAAAAUCGAUUUCAACAAAAAACGUGUAGCUGUCGUAGGAACUGGCGCAAGUGCCAUACAGAUAGUGCCAGAAAUCUACAAGAUGAAUACAUCUGAACUGAUCGUUUUUCAACGUACACCACCGUGGAUAAUUCCACGCAUUGACCGACAAGUGACACAAUGGGAAAAACGACUCUUUGCACGAUUUCCGAGCUUGCAAAAACUGAUUCGUGGUAUCAUAUAUUGGGCAGCUGAAUCGGCUGUACUCUCUUUUGUCUAUCGUUGGCCCACUCGGCACGUUUUUCAAGCGCUGGUACAUUUUAACCUUAAGCAACAAGUCAAAGAUGAAGUAUUUCGGAAGAAACUCACACCAACAUGGGAUCUUGGCUGUAAACGAGUGCUCAUAUCGAAUGAUUGGUAUUCAACAUUACAAAAGCAAAAUGUAACAGUUGUGACCGAUCAAAUUCGAGAAGUGAAACAGCAUUCAAUAGUUACUUCCGACAACGUUGAAUAUCCAGUUGACAUAAUAAUUUGGGCUACUGGAUUUCAAGUGCAAAAAAUUCCGUUGUCCAUGAUGGGAAUGAAUGGACGUUCACUUCACGAACAAUGGCGAGAAACUAUGCAGGCAUAUCGCGGAGUAACAGUGGUCAACUUUCCAAAUUUGUUUUUUUUACUAGGCCCUAAUUCGGCCAUUGGUCACAAUUCCGGUGUAUUUCUUAUCGAAACUCAGUUAAAUUACAUUGUUGAAGCGCUUGUUUUCAUGAGUCAGAAUGGGAUUAAAUCGAUUUCAGUCAAACAAAAUGUUCAUGAUCGAUACAACAAAGAACUACAAGCAAAACUAAAGACAACAGUUUGGCAACUCGGCGGAUGUCAUUCUUGGUAUCAAGACGCUAAAGGAAAUAAUAAUACAGUGUGGCCAGGUUUUACCUGGACUUACUAUUUGCUGCUGCGAAAUUUCGAUUACAAUAACUAUAAUAUAUACUGA